UACCAGAGACAGACGUGCGACAUAAUACUAGAGCGUACGUCAGUCGCGGCCUCCAUCGCGCGUCAUCGGUCACGGCGUACAACGACGCAACAUCAUCAUCGUCUCGGUCGUCUCGCAGCGGUCGCGGCGACGACAGAACUGCGCGUCUACUCGGUCGUUGCGGCGCACAUCCACGGUGCUGUCGCGGUGCGCUCUCGGGAGGUCGGACUUCGCGGAGACGGUGUUUUGCGAGUCGCGUGUCACGGGGUGGCGAGCGAACGGGAUCGACACGGCGCGGCACAGCUGUACCACCGUCGCGCGACACCGUAGGGGGGUGUGUGCGUGUGUCAGCUGUCCUGGCGCUGCCCUUUGCGCCUCCGCGGCGUCUCGCCCGUAGAGGAGCGCACCUGCGAACUCUCGCCUUCUCGCUCGCGCACGUGUCGCGGGGACCGUCACCGCGAGUCGGUGCUGAAUCCUCUCUCGUUCUCGCUCGUUCUCGCGUCCGUACACCCGUAUCCCGCCUCUUCCCCUUCGGAGUCCUCACGGAGCGAUCUCGGCCGCUCUCGGCCGAGAGUAGCGCGGCGCGGAGCCGCGGAGGGAAACCCUCGCGGAGGAAUUCCUACCGUCGUCGUCGUAGUGGUCGUUGUCGAACGACGACCGACUCCACCACCCCCCAAUUGUCACGCGCGCUAUAAAUACACCCGCGCGCGCGGCGGUUUUUCACCGGAGUGCCAUGCCCGCACGGAGCGUCAAUUAGGACGACGAACACGACGAAGAAGAAGACGACGACGACGACGACGACGAGCUACAGAGCCGCGCGAGAGCAGCUACGCGACAAACUGGACGCGACGAUCGCGGCAGCGCGAUGGAACGGUUCGUGAAAUUCGCGUGUUACUGUCGACGGACGCGGAGCGACAACGCGCCUACGUCUCCUUCGUCGUCCUCGCAGGUCGGGCCCACCGCUGAUCCGUCGUCUUCCGCGGCUUCCGCUGCGGCGGCGGCGGAAGCCUCGCGACAGCAGAGGAGUCAGGAAACCGAGCACGGCGACGGCCGCACCGGUGACAACACGCGACCGCUCUGGAACUUCCUGCGGAGGAUCCUGUCUGUGGAAAACUUGGUCAAGAGCGUUCCAGUCUUCCUCACGGGCAACAUAGUUUUCGUGAUUUUCCUCAUGCUACAUCUUCGUGGCUUAUCUAUGAGCAGCGGUAUCUUACUACUUCUGACGAUUUGGUUCAACAUGAUAUUGAUCAUACAGAUCAUCACAAAUCAUCAUACAAUGGAUUUCGAGAUCGAAAUGUUGUUUUCGAAGCUCGACCAACUCAAGCAGAUGGCGAAAAAGAUGUUGCACAGCAUGGGACAGUUGCGGGACGAACAGCCGGGCUUGUUUUGCAUCGCUGCGUGUUCCGUGUCUGUGAUAAUGUGGCUUUUGGACUACGUGAUGAAUGGCAUGCUGCUCAAAUAUAUAUUCUUUAUGCUCAUUCUACUGAUAUCAGCAGUGAUGAUAUAUUUAACUGUCAGGAGGCUUUCUGUACGACCUCCACCAAGCAAUCGUAGAGAAUCGGACAGUGAGAUCGAGGAAUUUUUACCAGCAGCCACUGAGACAAAUAUUCAGAUAUUGACGAAAGCUGGUGACGUUGGAGAGUACUCGUCAACGCCGACGAGCGCAUUGGCGGAAGCACCGAAAGAACAUGAAGAACAAGAAUUUCUCAACGAUAACGACCUCGCGGGUCAUAAAAUGCCAUCGCACGAAGACGGCAGUUCGGACGGUCUAGAGCUUUCGGAUCUAGAACUCUCGGAGAAGAGUUCUACAUCUUCCUGUUCUGGUCAGAGCGACAGCGAAUUCGAGAUAAUUGACCAACAGGAAAUCGGCAAAUUGUGCACGUCGCAAAAUACGACAUAAUGAACGAUCGCUAUGAGACUCGAACAAAUGACAGCUGAAUACAUAGUAAUAUGAUUUGAUUGAUUGCCUAUCUCAGCUUUACAAUCUCCGCUUGUAACUAUUUUAAUAAUGUUACUUUAAUCCCUAUUUAUAUAUUCUGAUUAACGACGAAUCAAAACGAUUUCGCUUAAAAUUUCGAGUACAACACAACGGUGUAUGUGCGUGUAGAAAGUCUCGACGUAACGAUCGACAGUGAAUGAACGUGAGAGAAACCAAAUUUUAUUCAUUUAGACAGAUAGGUGUACCUGAUGAUACGUGUACUGUAUGACACCUGACACACUCGUACUGUAUUACAAUCGUAUUUAUUAUUUUAACAGUAAUAGAGGAAUAUGUACAUUUGCGAUGUAAUAAAUAUGCACAUGUGUACAAACGUUUUAUCCGAAGUCAGUCAUGCAGUCAUGCGCUUGAUCCGACCUACGGCGAUUAAUUAGCUACAGCACUCUGAAAAUGAAAACGAUAGCAAACACAUAAAUCGGCCGAUCGAGUAAAGCUCAAAAGUCAAUGGGGUAAAAUGCAGUAACGUGUGAUUACUCUCUACAUUUAUUGUAUUAUAUUAUACAACUUUCAAUGUACGAACGCGCGAGGCACGUACGGACUGCACUCGAUAAGCGUGAAGGAACGUUUACGCUAUGUGCGCAAAAGAAUGUAUUAUAUUGUCACAUGUAUUUUGAGAUAAUCAUAGGAGAAACAGAUGGAAGUACAAGAGAUGAGAGAGAGACAAAUUUUGGAAGAAAGAGCGAAUAGAUUGCUUUUGUGAGGCGAGGAGAGAAAAUGCGAUAAGGAACGGAAACGGAAGCUCCAAGAUAGAAAUAAGUUAAAAUAAGAUAAAAAUAGAAUAUAAGAGAUAUAUCUCUCAAUGUACCUAAUCAAAAAAUCAGUCUCGAAUCAUGUAUCUGAUGUCACUAAUGGCCUGAUCUUCUUCACUAUGAGUUGCGUAUUUAUUCUAACGGCUUGUUGAGAGCUUGAUUUCCUACCGACCAAGACCUCGUCGAUGCGGAAGUAGUGUACUCGCGAAAGGACAGAAACCGCAAUUUCUUGGAGCUCACGGAUCUGGAGCGUCACAAGACGAGCCUUUGUCGUUCACAAUUUACGAGAAAAUCGCGUUAAGGGAAUGCUAAGAGAGCAAUCAAUAUUAGAGUGGAUCUCCUUCGCGAAAAGCAAAGAAAAGAAAGGAUGUACACAAGUCGACAUGUAAUAGCCUUACAUAUGAGAGAAAUCAUAUAUUUUAUGUGAAAAGUUCCACGACGUCCCCCAUAAAAAAAUUUAUAUUGAUAUCUAAAAUCGUAUAUAUAUAUAUAUAUAUAUAUAUAAUUAUAUAAAUUAUGUACAAAGUGGUCCACUUAAAUCGAACAUCUUGAAUACUUCACUUAUUUUUAAUAAUAUGAAAAAAUAUUUAAGAUGAAAGUGGAAAGGUGUCGAGAGAGGCACAUUUUCGUCACAUUUUUUUUCUAGGUCACCAUUUUGAACAUCUUGAUUAAAUUUUUUGUCAGAACAAAGUAUAAAAUAUCUUGUAAAUUAUUGAUUUUUAGACAAUUAUACUUCUUAGUAUUUUUAUGCAUAAAAUAAAUAGAGGUAUCAUAUUUAUAAAAAAAAAAUCAUAAUUCCAUUUAAAAAAGUAAAGGCGACCUUCAUAUCUUUUUAACGCCUCCACCUAGAAAAAAGCAAUGUGACUAAAAUAUGUCCUCCUCGACACCCUUCCACUUUCAUCUAAAACAUUUUUCCGUAUCAUAAAAAAUAAGUGAAAUGUUCAAGGUGUUCUAUUUAAGUAGACCACUCUGUAUAUUAUAUGAUUAUAUAUAUACUAUUAUCUAAAUUUUAUAGCUUUAUAUGUUAAGACUAUCAUGCCGAAAUGUGUACGCAUGUCACGUGUACAAACGUGUCUAUUCACUGUAUUAUUGACGUACGGACGGUGUGCGAGUAGAUGAGAAAGAGAGAAAAUGGUUAUGGUCGAUUGUAGAAAAGUAAGUGUAACGUAAUUUAAGAUGUUAGCGUUUAAGGAAACGGAAGACCAUUGUAUCCCAAGCGCGGGAACGUUGAAUAAAUAGAGUCACACACUGCAACUGUGUACUCGUGAGAUGUGUAAAAUGCAAUCAGUAAAAGUGCGCGAGGAGAAUCGAGGCGACAAAAUGUCGAGUCUACGUGAAUUUUUGUAUGUAGUCUGUUUCUAAUUGGUGUUUGCCGUCUUAUUCUUGUGUACGCAUCUCUAUAUUUGAAAAUAUAACGAACGAUACAAAAAUA